UACAAGUGGUAUCUCGCACGGGGUUUGUUUGAAGAACGCGAUAUCCAUGAGUUACAAAAAUUGCUCAAAUUUUUUCCGGAAUAGUAACAAAUAGUGGUUACAACGUAAUCCAGUGUAAGGCCGGACAUGUGAACUAAAUAUUUUAUGGAAUUGGGGAAUUAAAUUCAGGGAAUUACUUUUCUUUGUUUCGCGACAAAGCACGACGAAGGCGGUUAGGUCUAAUUUUGCUGAAUAUCGCGGGAAAAUUUCGUCAACAUCGAGACUCUGGAAGAGCACAGACAUUUGUACAAAAGUGAAGCAAACAUUGGAUUAAAUCUUAGCAGAAUAUAUUGACAAAUAUGUCAAGUCCUAGGAAUAAAAGCAACGGGCCAGCUGAAAUUCGUGAGGGAACGAGAGUCGUCCUGAAGGAGAUCACCGCCUCCCUUCAAAACUCACCGGUGAAGCAUAUUUCUCCUCAUAAAAGUGGUAACGAUACUGCGUCUCAGAAAUCGCCAGAACAUGCGGUGAAAGUACAGUUUGCGCGGGAGUUCGCGGAUGUCAAAGCGACACCUUCAGUGGCAGACAGUCUUUCCUCGGCCAGUAGUUUCCAAAGCUUAUCGAGCACUCUAAGUUCAAAAAGCAGCAAUGGCAUUUGCGCCGAUUCUGUACUAGGCAGUCCAGCAAAGUUCGCAGAUACAUCAUAUGUCAAUUCCGACAUUCCUGGCUUGGAUGACCUUAUUGCAGCUUGUGCAGACAUAAAAAUCACAGAACGAGGUGAACAAGUCAACUUGCAAGCUGGAUUGGGAGAUUUAAGUCAAGAUCAAACUUUCACAUCAGCUGCCGACGAUUUCUCCAUUGCAGAAGAGGAACCAGAAGAAGAAAGUCCCAAACCCGAAGAAGUAUCAAUACUAAAUGGAACGUUUGAAGUUGAUUCAUCUGCUGCUGUAUCUCUUCAAGAUCCUUCACUAAAGCUAGAAGACAUUUCAGCCCCAGAAUUUUGCUCGCUGGUUCCUUACGUUUCAUUUGGGGAUAGCGUUCUAAAAACCCACGCUCUACAUUCUGUAAACAAGGAUUCUUUGGUGUUCUCUUCAGCACUUGAGUUGACAAAGGUCGACGAGCUAACUUCUGAAUCUACCAAUGAAGAAAAAUCGUGUGCAGAUACCAAUGAUCCACAGAACGUGAGCCUUCCCCAGUCUGAUUCUUCAAAAGAGGAAUUUCACUUCAAUGCUUCAAUAGAAAAACAAAAAAAUGACAGUGCAGGUUCGAUCUCGAUAAAUAAAAGUACUGACGCUCCUCUCGAAAGGACUGAGAGUACGACCAUUCCUUUCCUGCUUAACACUUCGAAUGUAUCAGGGAUUUUGGAGAAGGAUAAGUCUGUAGAUAAUGUAAGAGCUAUUUCGCCUAAUACUGAGCCUGCGUCGUCGGAAGAGAUUUCUCAGUGUCACCUUUUGGAUUAUUCUGUUCCGGUAGCUUCAGAUGAAAGCCAUAUUGAAGGCAGUCUGAACCUUUCAAAUCAAGAAUUAGAGAUUAAGUCUCAAAUCAUUCUACCAGUAUCUCCCCAGAUUCCAAAAGAAAAUUCAAAGGAGAUUUCACUUUCACAAGCAAAUACAGUUGUUUCCAGUUUUGCGAUAAUUUCUGAACAGGUCAAACCCCAAGCUUCAGGCGAAACAGUACAGAAAACAAAAGGUAGCGAAGGUAUUCUUAAAGAUACAAACCAGUACUCGAAGAAGCGUGCAAGAAGUGAAAGCCCCGUGUUAUCGCCAAUACCACAGUCGAUUUUGGACAAGGUCGCCCAACAGCAGAAGUCUUUGGACGCUACUUUUGAGUUAGUUUUAGAGGAAAGUCAGGUUGAAGUUAAAAGGCCAUGUUCGCGUACGUCAGAUCUCGAAGAAGGUCUUGAAAAUAAUUUGAAUCUUUCGACUGUAAUCGAAACUUUGCCACAGAGCGAGUCUUUUGUACCCUCACCCGUUUUAUGCGAGCCUUCUAUGCAACAAAAAGUCUUAGACUCUACUGUUGUUAUAACAGCAGAAGACGAUUUAGAGACUGAAAGUAUUGCAGCAAACGCGAAAGAAAUUCUAAACACAUCAGGUCAAAUUCCUAAAGAACAGGAAAUUGCAGGAACGCCAUUGAGUAAAGUUGUAUCUCCCCAAACUCUGGAACAGAGGACUUUAGAAUCCACUUUGAACAUAUCAGAUGAGUCUGGUAGUGAAUCAAUACCGAAAAUUAAGGUAUCUUCGCCAGAAAAGAGUUCUGAGGAUAGCACACUCAAGAAUAGUAACACGCAGUCGAAUAGCUUGAACUCGACAGUGAAUACGGGAAUACAAGAAUCGACCCCGGUUAAAGCACUUAAAAACGAUUUUCAAUCUGAAAUUUCUCACACUGAAAUAUCUAAAAGUCCUGUUGAACAGGAUAAAGUAAACGAAGAGACUAAGGAAGUUACAGAGGAUAUUGAAAGUAUUGUUAAAUUUGAAGUCGAAGAUACGAUAGACGAAGCUUGCGCCCCGGUUGAACUUAAUUCCACGGUCAUUUUGGAAGGUUCGGAGAUUGACCUUGAAGAGUCAAACGCGACUGCAUUGCGUGUUCAAUUGACACAAGAAGCUAACUACGAUACCUUUAAACCCCAGCAACAAAGCACGGACCUUGCCUUUGGAGAUCCAUCUAUCUUCGAUAAAGUAGAAUUGGAAGCUCAAGCUGUUGCUAAGGAGAUCUAUGAUAGGUCGCUGGAACUGGUAGAGGAUCAUGAGCAGUUUGUAAGCGCUACCAGUGAAUUGUUCCAAGACCCUGCAGGUUUCGACUUCCUGUUAAGCCAAGGAUCCUCAAAUAAUCGUGCCCGGGACCUAAGGUUUGAAUCUUUGUAUGUAAAGUUCGAUCCAUUGGUGAAUAAAAGCAUGUUGCCGCAAGGGAAUACUCAAACCGAGGAUGAAGAACAAAAUGGCAAAAUCGAAACACCAGUUCCGAGUGUGGAUACGCCGAAACGAAAUCCCGCCAUCGCGGCUAUCGAUAGACUUCUUUUCUAUAGUCCAAUUACUAGUAUGAACAAUACACCAGAAGCGAAAGAUAUAAAAGAAGCAGCUGAAACUCCUCCCCAAGACACAGCUCCAGUAGUAGACGAGAAGAUGGCGAAAGAGUUGGAAUUAGUUAGAUCUUUGGUGGUACAACUUGAAGAGAAGUUGGAGAAAAUAGAAAAAGACCGAGAAGAAGAUACUAAAAAAUAUCAGAAAGAAAUAAAAAAACAACAGGAAGAAUAUGCAAAACUGGAACAGAAAAAUAGUAAAUUAGAGGCACAAAUCGCACAGGAAAUCGAAAGCAAAAAACAAGUAACAGUUGUUUUGGACGAAUACGAGAGAUCGAUAAGCAGGUUAGUGGCUGAAAGGGAAAGAGAUCGGGCUGACUUGGAAGAGAAAGCAAAAAUGAAGGAAGAGCUGCAGGCGGCAAAUCAGCACCUCAGUAAUACGGAAGCUGCGUUUAACGAUGUUCACCAGAAAUACGAGCGAUUAAAAGGUGUCGUCGCCGCGUACAAGAGUAACGAGUCAGUUUUAAAAGAGAGCGUUCAAGAAAACGUGGAAACUAUUAAAGCUUUAGAAAACCGGUACGAGCAGCUCAAAAGUCACGCAAUGGCUCAGCUCGAGAAAGCGAACCAGGAGCUUGAAACGAUUCGAAAACAGAACGAGGGAGAAACUGUGAAAUUGCAGGCGAUGUUGAAGAAGGCGGAGUUAAAGAGCAAGUCGCUGACAGAUUUGGUCGAACAAAAGACUAAAGAGAAUAAGGAACUAACACAAAUUUUGGACGAAGUAAUAGCCAGGGUCGGUAGCCAGAACACUGAUUGAUCAUUUAAAAGAGGGACUUCAUAGUGUCACAUAAUUAGUCCUUAUUUUUUUACUCAAUGGCGUAAAACGUAAUGUGAAAAUAUUAUAUAUUGUUUAUAAAGAAGUAGAUAAUCACCAUGUUUUUAUUAUACUUUCGAAAAAGCAACUUUUAUUAAUUAUUUAUAAGUUGUAAAAUAUACUAUUUUAUCGCUAA